AUGGUCUGGUCCCGCUCACUCCUCACAUCGUCGCGCCUUCCGGCGCCGCUGCUCAAGCGCUUUUAUGCAGCACCGUCGCCCGUGACGCGCGCGUCCUCGUACAUCCCGCCCACGACCAAGUUUACCAAGAUCAUGUGCACGGUGGGCCCCGCGAGCGAGUCGCACGAGACGCUGACACAGCUCAUUGAGCGUGGCGCCCGCGUCUUUCGCCUCAACUUUAGCCACGGCGACUUUGAGUCGCACGGCCAGCGCCUUGACGCGAUCCGCGCGGCGUCCCGCGCGCUGCAAAUCCCGGUCGCUGUCUGCGGUGACUUGCAAGGCCCCAAGAUCCGUGUCGGCACCGUGCCCACGUCCGUUCAAGUCGGCGACACGGCGUCGCGCUCGGGCGGUGGUCUCAUCCACGUGCACGCAGGCGACGUCGUGGUUCUGUCGGCCACCGCGACCGAGGCACACAUUCGCGACGACGGCACGCCCGUGCUCUCGCUCACGUACAAGGAUAUGGUCCACGAAGUCGAGGCGGGCCACCUCGUGCUCAUCAACGACGGCGCCAUUCGCAUGCGCGCGAUCGGUGUGGACGGCGAUGAGCUAAAGUGCCAAGUGCUCGUGGGCGGUGACAUCACGUCUGGCAAGGGCAUCAACCUCCCGGAAAGCAACAUCAAGGCGCCGGCGAUUACCGACAAGGACUGGGCGUGCGUCGAGUGGGCCAUGGCGCACGACCUCGACUACGUCGCGCUCUCGUUUGUGCGCAAUGCAAACGAGGUGAACGCGCUCAAGGCCAAGCUCAGCGAGACGGACGGCCACCGGUUGCACAUCAUUUCCAAGAUUGAAAAGCCGCAGGCCGUCGACAACCUCCACCAAAUCGUCGAGGCCAGUGACGGUGUCAUGGUGGCCCGCGGCGACUUGGGCGUCGAAAUGGAGCUCGCGACCGUCCCGAUCAUCCAAAAGCACAUCAUCGAGACGUGCCAACUGCACGGCAAGCCGUGUAUCAUCGCGACCCAGAUGCUGGAAUCGAUGAUCACGAGCGUGAUUCCGACGCGCGCCGAGGCCAGCGACGUCGCCAACGCGAUCUUUGAUGGUGCAGAUGCCGUCAUGCUCUCGGCCGAGAGCGCGACGGGCGCCCACCCGGCUCUCGUUGUCGAGACGAUGGGCCAGAUCAUUGAGGCGUCCGAAGGCUACAUGCGCAAGCACGUUAAGAAGGAGCAGCACGCGCCGCCGACGCGGACCGCCGCCGCCCACCACCUCACGGCGUCGCUGGCCUAUGGCGCGUGGCACGUGGUCCAGGAAACGAAGGCCAAGAUGGUCGUGUGCUGGUCGCAGCACGGCAACGCCGCGCGGUUCCUGAGCCAGUACGACUUUACGAUCCCGAUCCUCGCCUUCUCCGAGAUCGAGCGCUCGGUGCAUCAGAUGGCGCUCUUCAACGGUGUGACGCCCGUGCACAUGGCGGUGCCGUCGGGCACGGCGUCUUUUAUUGACGCGACCGAGGCUCUCUUGCUGCAAAACAAACUCGUCACGAAGGGCGACAUGGUGCUCUUCCUCGGCGGCCGCCCCUCGGCAAGUCCAAAAGCACGAACGCCAUGA